ACCCGAGAGACUAAAAUGUCUUCAUUUCAGUGUUUCACUCUCUUCACCCUCUACUCUACCUUUUUCUAUUCCGUGGAUGGAAUUGAGGUUAGGAAAAUCAUCAAAUCCCAGCAAACCGAAAAAACAAGCCACCUCCACUUUUUCUUCCAUGACAUCCUUAGUGGCAAAAACCCUAGUGCUGUUAGAAUUGCUGGGCCACUAAACAGUACCAUUACCACCUUUGGUGCCACCAUGAUGAUUAAUGAUGCGCUGACUGAAAAGCAAGAACCUACCUCAAAGAUCGUUGGAAGGGCACAAGGGCUGUACUCAGUGGCUGCACAACGUGAUCAUGAGUUUGCACUGCUUGUGAUCAUGAAUUUUGUGUUUGUGGAAGGAAUAUACAAGGGAAGUACGAUUAGCAUCCUUGGGCGGAAUCCAGUGCUAAACAAUGUGAGAGAGAUGCCGAUCAUCGGAGGAACGGGGCUAUUUAGGUUUGCUCGUGGCUAUGCCUUAGCCCAUACAGUUUGGUUUAAUCCUACAGGAGACGCCAUUGUUGAGUACAAUGUUUUUGUGUCACACUUCUAGUAAAACUUUGCCUGGUGCUAGCCCAAGGACCGGCUUUUUAUUGUUGGUGUUGUUACUAUUAUUAUUUAUCUUUCUAAUUAUACAUUCAUGUAUUGCACUUAGGCCAUGAACUCCACUUUUUCUUCCAUGA